CACUAGAAAAAUUCAGCUGAAGUCUGGGCCUGGUCCAGGAGCUCCACUUGGUCAUUUGUGAGGGUUCUGUCCAGUGAGGUGAGGGUGGGCCCAGUUUAGGAGCAGCAGUGUGUGUGUCCUUGCCUUCCUUCAGGGUUUUGCUGUGACAACAGCACUGUCACUCUGCCCCCUUUGGCUCCUGCUGAGAGCACCUUCAGAGCAGCUGAAACCUUUUCACCCUCUGAGAUCCUUUUCCAGUUUCUUCAAGAAGGUGCUGCAGUUGACAAGGAAGAGUUUUCUGUUUUAAAGGAACCACAAAAGUUUCAGGAGAGGGAAAGGAGGAAUCGAUUCUGCCCACUGAGGAAAUUUGGGGUUAGUCAAGAAACACCUCUUUGAACACAGUUACUCCAAUAUAUAAGACUUGGAGUUAAAAACUAAAUGUCAGGGUAGUUCUUAUACAUGAAAACCCAUGUCUGUUUUGGCUGAUAAGGCUUUGCUGUUAUCUCCUCUUACCCAUUUUGAGCUUGGUGAUAACUCCAAAUAAACUUCCUUGGGUCUGUGUGACAUGGGAUGAUGUGGCCCCACUUAUACUCUUGGCCUUUAAAGAAAUAUUGAAGGUAGAGGUAAGUAAGUGCCUCACAUCCAGUUUAAUGUAAAUGUAGGUUUGUUUAUUCAGUCUUAUAACAGCUAAAUUACUCUUUCUGUGGGUAAUUCAUGCUUUCAGUGUUUGGAACAAUAUUUAAGUGUCAGCAAAUUGCUUUAAUUUGAGGUGCAAUCUGCUAAACUCGGCAGUGAAUUGGUGUUUUCUGGGGCAUGGCUUUCACAGGGCAGUGGAGUGUGAUUGUUAAUACCAAAGUAUACAAUUUUCAGCGUGUCCAAACAGUCAGUGGUAGCAGUUUCCACUGAGGAGUCACUGGAAGUAAAAUGUAAUUAGUUCUGUUUUACUGAGCAAAGUGGUUUCUAACCCAGCAGCUGAGGAGGAGGGAUCUGAGUCCAGAGCUGGCUCUGGGAUCCAGCUCUGGGCUCUGGCUGUGUUUUCAGGCUCUGCUGUGAAGAUGAGUGUGCAGAGGUGGAAGUCUUGUCUGGCAGUGACGAGCAGCGCUUUGUGGAGCUGCUUUCUCCCGUGGUUUCCACGCAGGAUCAGCCUGUGGAGGAUCACAAUUAUACUACAGAUCCAUAACAUGGUGGCAGUGCUGGAAGUGAUCUCCAGCCUGGAGAAAUACCCCAUUACCAAAGAGGCACUUGAGGAAACAAGACUCGGGAGGCUCAUCAACGAGGUGAGGAAGAAAACAUCCAAUGAGGAGCUUGCCAAACGUGCCAAGAAAUUGUUGCGGAAUUGGCAGAAGUUGAUCGAACCCGUGACCCAGAAUGACCCCGUGCCAAGAGGGCUCCCCAAUCCACCUGGAUCAGCGAAUGGAGGUGCUCACAACUGCAAACCAGAGGCACAACUUCCCGCUGUGGCUGGAGCCAAGCCCAUCAGCGAGUUGAAAAGCAGGAACGACAUUCAGAAACUGAAUUCUCCCAAAGCGGAGAAACUGGGAAAUCGCAAAAGGAAAGGCGAUCACAGGGACGGGCAGCAGGGCCCUCCUCCCCCCAAAGUCUCCAAAGCUAGUCAUGAAGUAUUACAGAACUCUUCACCCCCUCCAACAAACGGCAUUGGAGGUAGUCCUGAAAAUUUUCCCAGUCCUGUAGACGUAAAUCUACACGCGGGGCCCGAAAGCAGCAGGACAGAACUCAGUGAAAAUGAUAAACACAAUAAGAUCCCAGUAAACGCUGUCAAACCUCACACCAGUUCUCCAGGACUUGUAAAACCUUCAAGCACUUCCUCCUUACUAAAGACUGCAGUGCUUCAGCAGCAUGAUAAAUCAGAAGAGACCACGGGCCCUCACCAGCCCAAGAGCCCUCGCUGCUCCUCCUUCAGCCCCAGGAACGUCAGGCAGGAGACUUUUGCUCGGCAGCACAGCACGUACUCACCAAAGGAUUCGACGCCCAGUCCGUCUCAGAGGUCUCAGUUCUUGGACGCUGCACAGGUGCCAUCGCCACCACCGUCCCUGAUGCAACCACCCACACCUCCACUGCCGGCCAAGAGACUGGAGCUCCCCCAGCCCUCCGCCAGCGAGGCCCCGCAGCACUGGCAGGAGCAGCAGGUCCCUCCCGAGGGACACAGGCACCCGGCGGGGACCCUCCACGCACCUCCCACCUGCAAGGCUGGCGCCCACCCCGGGGAGCCGCUCCUGCCACACGUGGGCUUCCCACAGGACGCUUCCAAAAUGGACAGUGACGAUGCUGCUUCAGGGUCUGAGAGUAAAAAGAAGAAAAGGUACCGGCCCAGAGACUACACGGUCAACUUGGAUGGGCACGUAACAGAAGGGGGGGUGAAACCUGUGAGGUUAAAAGAGAGAAAACUCACUUUUGAUCCCAUGACAGGACAGAUAAAACCUUUAACACCGAAAGAUCCUUUGCAGGUAGAAAUGCCUGCACUUACUGAACAGCACAGGACAGAAACGGAAAAGCAGGAGCAAAAACCCAACCUGCAAAGCCCUUUUGAACAAACGAACUGGAAAGAGUUGUCCAGAAACGAAAUCAUUCAGUCCUAUUUAAACAGACAGAGUAGCUUGCUGUCCUCAUCAGGAGUACAGACUCCAGGAGCUCACUACUUCAUGUCUGAGUAUUUAAAGCAGGAGGAAAGCACUAGAAAAGAGGCUAGAAAGACUCACGUUCUAGCUCCCAACAGCAAACCUACAGACUUGCCCGGGGUCACCAGGGAGGUCACGGGCGAUGACCUCGACAGGAUACGUGACCACAACUGGCCGGGCGUGAACGGUUGUUACGACACACAGGGUAACUGGUAUGAUUGGACACAGUGCAUAUCCUUAGACCCACACGGGGAUGAUGGGAGGUUGAACAUCCUGCCUUACGUCUGCCUAGACUGAGAGCAGGUUUGGUUGCUUAAACCCUGCUUUUUUUUUUUAACACCUGCAGUUGGCAAAACUGGCAGACAACAAAAUGCCACUUCCAGCUGGAGAGAGAAAGAAAGAGAGAGAGAGAGAGAGAGAACCUCCUGUCCUGGACAAACAGGCCCCACGAGCAGAGGGGGGGAGGGAGCUGGGCUUUUCCAGCUCGUUCCUUUAAAUUCUCCUUUUGUGAAAUGCUGCUACCAGUUUACUAACAAUUGCAAAGGAAGGCAUAACGAAGGUUGAUCAGUGAGUUCAAAACUCUAGAGCCAGCCAGCUAUAAAAAGUGUUAGUCCCCAAGAAGUGAAGAGGAUUUCCAGCACUUUCUGAAUGCCGGAAUCUUAGUACAGGCAGGUACAGAGAAAAUUGUGGAAGUUACCUUAACAAAAUAUGCAUCUAUUUAUUUGACUUGAUUUGGAUUUUGUUGGUUGUUUUUUGUUUUGUUUUUUAAUUUUUUUUUUUUAAUUAUUAUUUGGCAGUGAGAUAUUGGAGAGACAAAUGUGCAAAAACUGUAGUUUUAUUUCUAUCACAUCUCUGGACACGAUUGCGUUGGUCUGAAGUCAUGUGGUACACGGAGAUUGGGUUUUAACCAGCAGGUGUUGCACUGCAGGCUGGGCCUCCAGCUUCAGCUCAACAUUCCAUAGGCAUCCACAUCCUUUAGUCUGGUUUCAGUUUAAAUCCAGUCUCUGAGAAAUGCUGCAAAAACUAGAUGUUUUAACGAUAUUUUUUGAUCCCACCACCACCACCAGCCAAAUAUUUUUCCUCCUUUUCCCUUCCUGCAAAACUUCUAGGUAUUAAAAAAAAAAAACCCACAAAAAAUAAAAAACAAACAAAAAAAAAAAGGACAAAAAAUAAAAAAAAAAAAGAAAAAUCACCUUUUCUAGAAUCUAAAUGUAAUGAGGGUGCUACAAGUUUGUAACUGUACUGUGAGAGGGAAAAAGGAAGCCUGUUUGUAUGCUGGAAAUAUACUUGUUACCAUUCCUUUAGAUAUUGUUUGCCUUAUGGAUAUCCAUCAUAAACGCAAUUUGCAAAAACAAAGAGCCUUAGUGAAUGUACAGUAACUAGACUUCUGUGUUCCUGGGAUGCAGAAGGGAGCAACUUUGCUAUUUGGUCCUUUAAGUGGACACGUUGUGAUAUAAAUGUGGAAAUAAAAAAAAUUUGCACAAAACA